AUGCAAUAUUUAAAUUUGUUCAUACAACCAAUAUCAAACACAGUAGUAUUUCCAUACUCCAGUUUGUAACUCUAUGAUGUGGAUUGCUAUAUUCAAUUAUUACAUUCUCAAUACAUUGGAUUGGUUUCAUAAAUCAAUGGCAGCCAGCCUGAUGUUCAAACUAUCUCAUAAUAUAGUUAAUAUGGCACACUUGUGCACGUAACAACAAAGCAAGAUGAGUCAUCCAAUUUUUGCAAUGCCUUUGCAUUCGCCAGAUUUCGAAUAAAUUCGUUUUGCCAGCUUUCACCAUUCUUAAUAGCAAACGUUGAAAUACUGAAUGAUGAGAUCAAAGNUUUCUCAUUUCAAAGGAGUAAAGAGAAACUGUAUUCAAUGAUUGCAGAGAGUGUAGGAAGUCUUUCUGAAACUAUUACAAAUGGUCGAAAAAUUUUAUGUUUAGAACCAUAAAUUCAAUAAUAAGUAUUUAAUAAAGAAUUGAAGCCAUUUAAAUAUGAAUUAAUCAAUAAAAUAAAAGAUGAAUACAUAUUUGCUUUUGCGUUUAAUAAAGAAGCUACUCUCUUAGUGGCUGGCUACGAAUCAAGCAAAAUAAGAGUAUUUGAGUUUGAGCAAGGAUAAUUACGAUAAUUAUAGGAAUUGAGCAAUCAUAGUAAAAGAGUUCGAUGUGUAUACUUUUUGUAAAAAUCGCCUUCAUUUAUCUCUGGUAGCUAUGAUCGUUCGAUUAUUGUAUGGGAGGCCUCAGAAAAUAGAUAGUUCUAUUGUAAGUAACAACUUGAAGGUCAUACUGACGAUAUUAAUUGUUUGAUAAUUAAUAAUAAUGAGGAUUUGAUAAUAUCAGGUAGUGAUGACAAAACCAUUAGACUAUGGAGUAAAAAUGUGUAGUGGCAUUGUUCAUAGACAUUAACAUAUCAUAAUGGGAGUGUAUUCUGUAUCAGCAUGAAUGAAACUUAAAAUUAAUUCAUUUCUUGUGCUGCAGACAAUCUGAUUGUUGUAAGUCAAAAAGAUGUAAAUAGUUCUUUCUGGAAUAUUCUUUAAACUAUUAAAGUAGAAUGGGGUUUAAGAUUAUGCUUUAUUAGCAAUACUUAAUUUACAUAUCAACCUUAUAAUAAAAAGCAGAUGAUAAUUUAUGAACAAAGUAAAUUCAGCCAAUAAUUUGUUAAGCAAAAGGAAAUUGCUGUAAAGUCUGGAAAUGAUUGCUUUUGGUAUUUUCCUUAAAAAUAUAUUAAAUCGAAAUCACUGUUACUCAACAAAAAUGGAAGUAGUUUAAAUUUGAUUAAAAUUAAAGAGAAUGGAGAAUUUAUUUAAGAAUAAAUUAUCGAUUUUGAUGAUAAUUACAUUCAUGGAGCAAUUUCAGAUGAUGGAGAGUAUUUAAUCACCUGGGAUUGUAAAACCGAAGAAAUUCAAGUUAGGCAAUACAGCGAAUGA